AAAAAAUUGCAAUAAUUGAAGACUUUGAAAUUCCAUUAAAAGUGUACCUGUUACUUAUUAUGCUUGAUAUUGGAACAGGCGAUAUUUGAUACUGGAGCCAUGACUGGAUGUCCGUUUUGGAAGAACAAAUACCAAUUUAAUUUUAGUAAACUGGCUUUGGAAGAUGGGGCAGAUGACAAAUCACAGGAAGGAUUAAACAAGGCUAGCAAAGGUGGUCUUAUCUAUGGCGAAUAUCUACAUCUGGAUAAAAUAUUGAAUGCACAGGAACUUCAGAGUGAAAACAAGGGAAACAAAAUUCAUGAUGAACAUCUGUUUAUUGUGACCCAUCAAGCUUAUGAAUUAUGGUUCAAGCAGAUCCUAUGGGAACUGGAUUCUGUUCGAGUGAUAUUUCAAAAUGGUCAUGUGAGAGAUGAAAGGAACAUGCUGAAGGUGGUUACUCGAAUGCAGAGAAUUUCAAUAAUCCUUAAAUUGCUUGUGGAACAAUUUUCCGUCCUAGAAACAAUGACAGCUCUGGACUUCUUUGACUUUAGAGAUUAUCUGAGUCCAGCUUCAGGAUUUCAGAGUUUACAGUUUCGAUUAUUGGAAAAUAAGAUUGGUGUCCCUCAAAGUUUGAGAGUUCCAUAUAACAGAAGGCACUAUCGGGAUAACUUCAAGGGAAAGGAAUAUGAAUUAUUGCUUAAAUCAGAACAAGAACCAACACUACUGCAGCUAGUCAAAGCAUGGCUGGAAAGAACACCAGGACUUGAACCAGAAGGAUUUAAUUUCUGGGGAAAAUUUGAAGCAAAUGUACUUAAUGGAUUAGAACACGAAUACGCAAUAGUACAGGCUAAAGAAGACUCUGAGGAAAAAGAAGAUCAAAUGGCAGAACUUCAGAAGCAAAAAGAAGUACUUAUGUCAUUAUUUGAUGAAAAACUCCAUGAACAUCUUCUUAGUAAAGGUGACAGAAGAUUGUCUUAUAAAGCAAUGAAAGGAGCUUUAAUGAUAUACUUCUACAGAGAGGAACCUCGUUUCCAAGUUCCUUUUCAGCUUCUUACUUCUCUUAUGGAUUGCGAUGUGCUAAUGACUAAAUGGAGAUAUAACCAUGUGUGUAUGGUGCACAGAAUGAUUGGCAGCAAGGCUGGGACUGGAGGUUCAUCAGGCUACCAGUAUCUACGCUCAACUGUGAGUGACAGAUAUAAAGUAUUUGUUGAUUUAUUCAAUCUUUCAACUUACUUGGUGCCAAGAAGCUGGAUCCCAAAACUGAAUCCAACACUUCAUAAAUUCCUUUACACAGCAGAAUAUUGUGAUAGUUCAUACUUCAGCAGUGAUGAUUCAGAUUAACAGCUUUCCUUAGACAAGUAUUACAAACCCCAUGCUUUUGAUAUAUUGAGCUCCAGUUGGAUAAUGGUGAUGGUGGCAUAAAAGCCUGGAGGAGUCAACACACCUAGAGGCACUGGUUUAAAAAAACUUAUACUGUGUAGAUUAAUAAUUUAUAUAUAUAUAAAUAUAUGUAUUUAUGCACAAUAUACAGUAACAUAGAUUUUAAUAUAUAUGUAUUUCAAUUAAUUAUAAAAGAAAAUAUAGAAAUAACCAGCUCAAUUUUAAGCUUUAAUAAAUGAGUUUUACUCAUUUAAUAAAUGAGUUUUACCUCCUUUAUUAGACUGAACCAAGAUGUUUCUGAUUGAUGCAUUACGUUUGUAAUAAAUAUAUGAUUUUAGGUUUAUUACAGUUUAAUUAUGUCUUCAAAUUUCCUUAUGAAAGCUUGCUCCUGAAAACAGUAUAAAAAUGUUAGGAUGGAGAAAGGAAGAAAAUUGCAUUAUAUAUUAAAAAACUAAAGAAACCAGAGAUUUAUAUAGAAUUGGCAACAUAUGCUAGAGUAGCUUGCAGGAACAUGUUAUGCACAUGUUAGAAAAUGGUAGAAGUUUUUAAUAAAUGAAGGUUAUUUGAAAGCACCUUCUUUUUUUUUUAUAAAGAAAUGAGAACUAAUGUUAUCAGGAGAAACAGAACAUUUAAAAGGAAAUGAGAUACUUAAGAAUUGUGAGAAAAGGAUAGGUCAAGACAUGGAUCAGGAAUGAAUGGGUGCUUAGUGAACGGAAUACAAAGUAUGUAACCAGUUUAAAAAAAGUUGUAGUAGUUUUUAUCAGAUAGGGAGAAUGAAAGAAGAUUGAAUUGCAAAACGAAUGGAUUAAGGAAGAACGACUGAGUCAAAAAAGGUUGAAGAUAGAAAAUAAAUUGGUUGGGGGUGAUUGAUAAGAGCCUCAAAAACAGCAUUUUAAACAACAAAAGGCAAUAGAUGAAGGAGAGUAUGGCCGUAAUCAAAGUAAAUUAAUUACAAGACAGAAAGGUAUAUUAAAAGGUUUUAUGUAAAUUAGAUUUGGUUGUGCAUAAUUUAUCUAUGUGUAUAAUGUAUUUAUGUGUAUAAUAAUACAGUUUCUUGUUUUUCUGCAUUAUUUCAAAAAGAAAUAAUGUUAAUAGAUGACAGCAUAUCAAAUC